AUAAGCGAAGUAACGGUAAAAAGUGCACAACGCGAUACUUUAAGCAAACGUGAUAGCAAUAAAUUGAAGAAAAAUAAAAAUAACAAAAUCGACAAAAAUUUGCUGCGUUCGACAAGGUUAAAAUACAUACAUACAAGCAAACAUUUGUAUGUGAGUUGUUCAAAAAUGCUCUGAACAUAUGAAACUUCAAAACGCAAUGUAAAAAAAAAAAAAACAAAUUUUGGCAUUCAAAAUUCAAAAAUUCAAUUAGAAAACAAAAAUUUUGAAAUUACAACAAAAUUCCAACCAAAUUAUAACAAAAAUUAUGGCUAAAAUCAGCCAUGUAGAUACAACUGGUGUGGGCAGCGUCAGCGGUAGUAGCGCAGGUGACGACGAUUAUGGUCUCUUUGCCAUGCUGGCAUGUGUUGGCAUCUUCAUUUGCAUGAUCUCCACAUUGGUGGGCAUAAAAAUUUGGUGGUUCAAACAUCGGCUCACUUUCGAUCAUGGUAGAACGAAUAAUGGUGCAGCGGGUGGUGCCACGCCUACCUUGCCAUUACGUACGCGCAGCAGUCGAGAGAAACGCAUGUCACAAGAGAUACGUGAACCGGUGGAGGUGCAUGGCGUUUUUCGUCGACGACAAGAGGAUGAUUUGGACAUUGUGCCAACAAAGCAAUUGCCGCCCGUUCGCAUACGCAACCUGUCACAAAGCACACCCUCCCUGUUUCCCCUGCCCCCAACACGCCGGCAAGAUCGUGUGCGCAGCGCAAUCUUCGAAGAAUAUGAGCCACCAACACGUGAGCCGCCACGCCCACCAAUCGAUGCAUCGCCACCCUUACACACACCCACAAUAAGUUUGGUGGAAGAAAUGCCCACUUUCGAUGAACUGGAGCAGAAGUACCGGCAAAUGCAGUUGAAUGAAACAAAAGUACUCGAACCGAAUGCCGAACCUAGCGAUGAGGGUAUACUACGCGUGCGCGAAUCACCACCACAACCACCGAAGCGUUUCAAUCGCAACUCAAGCAAAGAAGCGAGCUACGCUUCGUCGGUGGGUAUGCACAAGUUCGUAAAAGCCAAAUCGCCCUCGACGGACAUAGAAGGACCACAGCAAAAGUUGAGUGAACGUCGUGCAACGGGCUAUUUGCGACCGGAUGAGGACGAUAUAAAAGCGUCAUUGGCUGAGGACAAUUCAAUAGCGCGUUCGCACAGUGUUGAAGAGUUCGGCGAACGUCGUCCCACCGGCUACAUCAAGUACGAGGAGAUCGAUACGGAUGGCUUGGAGGACUUCCGCAAUAAAUGGGAUGCAUUGCAAACGAGUUUGGGCCCAGAGAGUCCCAAAUCGUAUGAAAGCAGCGAACGUGCGGUUUUUGAAACUAUGCACGGACACAAUUAUGAUCACCUCAAUCGUGCGAGUGCCUGUGAGUUACGUACGAUGGCCGAUGGCGCGCCAGCCGAUUACACAGAUGGCGGGCGCGGUUCCAAUACGGCAACGCGUUUCAGCUGGCAGACGGAUGAACGCACGAGCAAACCAGUUAGACCAGAAUCGCAGGCAAGCAUCGAUUUCACCAGCGACGAAGAGUAUGCCGAAGAGCUGGAUGGUUUUAAGCCACAGACGAUAUUGAAAUCAGCGACGGUGUCUGACUGCACUUUUGGUGGCUACGAAAGUGUGGAGCAUGUGCGACCACAGACGCCUGAGAUGGCUUACGCAGCGACACGUGUAGUGAAGUUUGCGAACCCAGAGUUAGAAGAGAAUGACACGCUGCUCUCACAUACUUUGGAAGAAGAAAAAGACACUUUGAAAAUGCGACGACCAACGGGUUACGUGCGUGCAGUGCAGCCCGAAGAUUUGUGGGACGAGAUGGAGGCCAAUAUAAAACAAGAUGAACGUGAAAAGCAUCUCUGGCUUGAGAUUGAAAAAGAUGUUAAACUCAAUCGAGAAUUCACAAGCAAUAUUGAGGAAGAAUUCGACAAAAUACGACAUUCGUACGAAGAAAACGAGGCAGCAUUCUUGGAGAACACCAACAGCUUGAAGCGCGUGCCCAAACAAGUGCUAAUAACGACACCCGAACCCGAAGGAUUUGGCAAAAGCAUCGACGAGGAUUGGGAGAGCUUUGAGAACUUGAGUGACGUGAAACCUAAAAAGAGUGACGAGGCAGGCAAGCAAGUUGUACAAUUUAAGCUAUCAGACUUAGAAGACGCUUACGAAAAGGAGUCCGUACUGCGUACUGAGCGGCGCCCAACCGCUUUUGUGCGCAAUAGCGAACAGUUGCAACGAGAACUCUCGAACAUCGAAGACGACGACGACGAGGAGGCAGUCACAACAACGCACUACGAGCCGAGUAGCGUUGAAUUCGUAGACGAAGCCAAUGAAAGCUCAAGCAAAACACUCCGAGAGCGUCGCCCCACGGGCUAUGUGCGCCCACAAAUAUCCAAUUUGGACGAGGAUUAUGUGCAUGAGCACAAUAGAAACAGCAUUUUCGAGCCUGUGGAAGAGCCGCUAACUAUAAAGACCGAGACGCCUGUGCGUCCACGCACGCGUCAAAAAGUCACCUUCGAUUUCAGCAAUACAGAGUACUUUCAAACACCGGACACUGGGGAAAAGCAGGAAGGAGUAACGAACUUUGCAACAACAAAUUACGACGGUAUUGAUAGCGACUCCGAAGGCCAACAGGACGCGGCAGCACACAGUUUCCCGAAACCUAUGCAGCGCAUUACAAAAAUUCAUUACACCGCCGAGUCGGUUAAUAAUGACAGUACUGUUACACAAGAUCAAGCGCUAGCACGCACCAUCUCACCAGCACCCGUGCCGUUACUGUUCGGCACACAAACCUCGCUUGAGAAAGCCGAGACCGAAAUAAACGACAGCUGGGCCGCGAUACGACAACGUCGUCAAAUCACAACAACAACGUCAACAUCACCUCAGCAACCGUUAACACCAAUACUUAUAAAUGCGAGCGAGCCUCCAAAACCGGCCUACCGCAAUCCGCUUGCACAAUCUUCCACGGUACAAAGCGUGACGUUGAUGGAAGAGACGCCUGUCGUAGCGCAGCAACAUAUGAGCACAUUCCAACCGCAUGCGGCGGCGCGUCAUCAAUACUUUGAGCAGAGCUAUUACAAUUCAACGGAGGCUUAGAAAAUAUUGAGCUAGAGCAAUUACAAUACAAUGGAGGCUUAGUAGAAAGCUUUGAAGAAUAGAGAGAAGAAUGUGGCAGCGAAG